AUGUCAUCUACAUCAGAAUCACAAACACCAUGUCCUGAUUCUGUUGUUUCAACUUAUACUCAAAACCAAAAGCAGAGAAUUGCUGAAGCUUCUGCUAAACUUCAAAUUAUUCUUAAAGAUAAAGAAGUAAUUUUAAAACAAAAAGAUGAUGAAUUACAAAAUCAAAAAAAACUUUAUGAUGAUUUGUUAAAGACGUUAAAUGAUAUUGGACCAACUGUUGAAAAAGCUGUUAAAGAAGCAUUACAAAAUUUAAAUAUUGAUAAUGAUUUGAAAGAAAUUAAUGAAGCACUUAAAAAAAUUGAUAAUGAAGAUUUGAAAAAACUUAUUAAUAAUAAAACUGAAGAAAUUAAAGCAAAAAUAGCUGAUGAUAUUGCAAGUACUUUAGAACAACUUGCCAAUGAAUAUCAAUUUAAUCUUGAUACAACAGAAAAUAGAAAACAUAAUACUGCAUCAGAAAGUUCGAAUGAUAGUGAUUUGGAAACAAAGAAAAUUAUUUUAAAUGAUGAGAUUGAAAAAAUACGUAAAGCUAUUGAAAACAAAGAAAAUAUAGAUUUGGAUAAAACAAUAGGAAUAUUAAAACAAGUUAGCAAUUUAACAAUAACUGAUUACAAUAGAGUUUAUGAAGAGCAAAAUGAAACAAUCAAUGCAUUAAAAUUAAUUAAUUUAAAUUUAGCGUGUGAAGUACAAUAUUACAAAGAUGUCUUUGUGAAGAAUUAA